AUCAUCAUCAUCUCACGGGCUGUUGCUUCCUCCUGAGGGACCGUCGACACUCUCGCAGCCUGCACACUACAACCGCGCAAUCUGGUAAUGCCACUCAGUUAUUGGCGGGCUCAGAUAUGCUGUAACGCGCGGCUGUUCGGGAUACUACGGAAUUACAGCCGCAACAAAUGAUGAUGUGACAGGCAUCGGGUAGAUAAUAAAAGCUCGCGGUGCAGUGAACGCGGCAUUUCUGCUAACGAAGCAAAGCCUCAGACGAGCCUUUUUCCCAGACGAACAGAUACAGUAGUGUUCACUACUGACUGACCGACAGCAGUCAUUCGGAAUAAUACCUGCACGUCGCUUUACCAACAUUCGGGGAGGAGGAAAAACAGGUUUUAAGAAAUUGUACUGUUGAGUGCCUGCAACCCAUGAUCCGAGUGUUAGGAGAAACCGCAGUUCAAACUAUCCAUGUCCUGUCAUCCUCUCUGCUCUCUUCUAAUGGUUUGAUGGAGAUCUGGUCGGAUGACAGCUGGAACUGUUGUCAUAACCGGAGGAAUUCUCGCAACAGUGAUACUCCUGUGUAUCAUUGCAGUGCUUUGUUACUGUAGGCUCCAGUAUUACUGCUGUAAGAGGAAUGAGUCAGAAGGGGAGGCGGGUUCGGUCGGAGAUCCUCAACCACAGUUCGCCUGUAACGCAUGCAGUGCUCCGGGAGUGGACGGGGCAGCCGUUACACCUCUAUCCCUACCCUACGACCCCGCUCCGCCGCAGAGCUACUGCCCCACGUGCUCACCCUACUACCUCCGCAGCUCGGAUGAGAUGCGAAACGGCGGCGAGCGUCUGUCCUACAUGCCCACUCACUACGAGAACCACGGCGCCACUGCCCUUGGUCUGGCCGCCAUGUACGGCCCCGUGCUGAGCCAUCGCAGUACGCCAGACUUUUACACCAAUACACGAGCCAUCAGCACUGACGUCUGAUCCUCUCAGACCUGGAGAUGGACCCCGGGGACAGAGCUUCUUCUGUGGACUAGAGCACUUGGGGCCGUGCCAUCUCCAUAAGCCAAGACCUACAGGAUGCCAUGUUAUUCUUACAGUACACACGGGUCUACGACCAGUCUUCCAUCAUCUUAUUUUAUUUACAGUACUGUUUACCUCUUUCUUUUGCACAUACCUCUUUUCCUCUGCUGUGAGGGAGUGUGUUAAAUGACAUAGUGUUUAUUGGGGGUUCUGGUGUUUUUAAAUGUAAGAACUAAAGGUGAAAAAGUCAGGUAAAUAGUAUAUUCAAUUUAGAAAAGACUGGUUAAAAAUGCUGGGUUUCAAAAAAACGAUUUGUGUUGGGACAACAUAACACAUGAAGGAAUUAAGUUGACUUAGUUUUUACAAAUUUAAGUGGAUUGAACAUGAAACAAUUAACUCAGCAGGCACACAAAUUCAUAGAACAUUAAUAUUAGGUUAGAUUUAGAUCAUGACAUCAGGUGACCAAAACUCAAUGUCUAGUCAGCGUCUAAGGACAACGUUAUUUUGAUGUCCAAUAACAACGUCAAAUUACGUUGAUAUUUGGUUGAUUUUAGGUUGUGUUGGAAAGUGAUCAAAAUCCAACGUCUGAUAAAAGUCAUAGUGGUAACGUCCACACAACGUUAAGGUGUAACAUGAAUAGAAGUUGAUAUUUGGUUGAUUUUAGGUUGGACAUUGACAUCGGCCUGACAUUGGGUUUUAACAUCAACCCGAUUUUCAUUUCCGAACAAAAUUCAACGUCCCCACGACGUUGGGGUACAAUGUCAAUAUGACGUCUCGUGCCUGCAGGAAAGUUGUCUCCAAAAAAACAUCAACAAUUUUGUUGUUUCAGCUCAUUUUUAAAUAAAACAGCUAUUUUUUUUUAAUGUAGGAAAUGGAGCAGAUGAAGGAAGCUUUUUAGGCUCAUCUCAAGUGUUUUGUUUUUUAUGGUGACAUAAAAGGCAAACAUUCCACACAAGUUUUUAAUGGCUUUAAAAAAAAAGUAUCUUUCUUGGAAAGAGCAUGACUUUCAGCUUUAUCUUAAUAUCCCUGAUAUGCUGAAUUUGUUUAUGUUGAAACACCUAUUUUACGAUGGGAAAUUAACCAAAACGUGAUCGUCUUCCUGUGUGUUGGUGUGUUGGGAAAAUGUCAAAUGAAUUACUGACGAUGAAUAUAUUGGUCAAUUUAUAGUUGAUUGUUUGUCACAUCGUGAAAUUCACAAUGGCACAGGGUGAGAUGUUUGAUAAAAUAUAUAGUAUGAUUGAGGCUGGAGUGAUAUAUUGUUCAUUCUGACGUAUUUCCUUGUCCACCACAUGUUAUAAUUAUCAGCUUUUUAAGGUACACUGUAAAACCCAACAGUCAACUUUAUCAAAUGAAAUGAGUGUUGUUAACUCAAAAUGUACUGAAAGUUAAUUCUACUAAAAAAAGAAAAGAGUUUUGAACUCCGUGUUGAAGGUAAUGAGUUAAUUAAAUACCUCAUUAUUUCAACUUAAAUGGAGUAAGUUCACAGUACUCAUAGAUUAGUUUUUUAACUCAUAUGAUAGCAAUCUGUUUCCUCAAACCUUUUGAGUCGCCUUAACUUAUUGGGCUUUACAGUACUCAGUUGGUUUGAGUUCUCUUCAUUUAUUGGGUUUUACUGUGCUCAAAUUGCUUUGUUUACUCAAAUGGAAUAAGUUCACAAUACUCAUUAGCAUUCAUUUUUUAACUUAAAUGGUUUGUUGCAAUCCAUUUACUCAAAUGGUUUGAGUUACCUUAAUUUAUUGGGUUUUAUAGUGUAGCAUUUCAGUACAGUUGCUCUGUUGAUUUCCAGUGUUGUAUAAUUGUCAGAUUUAUACAUGGCAUUUUUUGCUCUUCUUGAGCAAAUGACAGGAAAAUUUGGAAAACAUUCUCGUCCCUGUUUAUGAUACAAUUUUUCCCGUGUCUUUGCAAAUGUGUUUAUGUAAAUUAUUAUAUUUUCUCACAUAUUUGUUUCAGUAGCGAUCGGUUUAUGAAUUGUGAUGUCUAUAUUCACUCUUUGUUUGUAACUGGAUCACAUUAGUAUAACAGGAUGGCACUUCUAUUUUACUUAUAAAAACUUUGGGUGAUUAUGUUAAAAAAUCUGGAAGUAUAUCAGUCUAUGGUUUCAAAUAUUGAAGAAAAAAAAAAGAGUAGCCUAUUGUCCACUUAUUUCACAGAAGGCUUUUGAAUAUAAAUAAAGCAUUUAUAAAUGCCUGUAGACUUUUAUAAAAUUGGUCAAUUGUGAUCAGAGUAAUAAAAGCCAUUUCACGUCUAUAUGAAUAUCUGUAUAUAAAGAUCAAAUUAUUUCAAUGCUUGAAAUGUUUCCUAUCAAGUGUAUCUGUUUCUGUAUCUUAUGCUGACUGCAAAUGCUUCUGUCUCCUUUAAGUGCAUUUUUUCUUCCAAAUUUCUGUUCGCCACACUGAAAGAUCC